AUGGAUCCAAAGAUUAACGUUCAAGUUGAUCCUAAUGAAGACACAGAAUGGAAUGAUAUUUUGAGAAAACACGGUGUCAUACCCGAAAGACCACCAUCACCAACCGCACAAUUGGAAGAAGCAUUACAAGAGGCAGUUGUUAAACAAUAUGAAAAUAGAUUAGAUGGUAAAGAUCUUGAUGAAUUAGAAGCCUUAGAAGAUGAAGAAGAUGAAGAUUUCCUAGAAGAGUAUAAACAGAAAAGAUUAAAAGAACUAGCACAAUUGAAUCAAGUUUCAAAAUUCGGAUCGGUUUAUCCAGUAGCAAAACCUGAUUAUAAGAGUGAAAUCACUGAUGCUUCAAAAGAUACAUUGGUUUGGACCCAUUUAACAUUACAAAGUAGUUUACAAUCAAGACUACUAUCAUCGUUAUUAAUCACGCUAGCGUCGAAAUUUAAAGAGAUCAAAUUUGUGGAAAUACCGGGAUCAAGAGCUAUUGAAAAUUAUCCAGAUGCUAAUUGUCCAACAAUUUUGAUAUAUUUUAAUGGUGAUGUUAUCAAACAAUACAUUACACUAACUCAAUUGGGUGGUAACUCUACAAACAUCAAAGACUUGGAGAAUAUAUUGGUGGAAAUUGGUGCUGUUAAAGAUAGUGAUAAAAGAUUAGCCAUUAAUCAAGAUGAUGAAGACUUGGAAGAAGCUCAUAGACUAAGGUUUGCUAAGAAAUCUAUUAGGGGUAAAUUGGAUGAUGAUGAUGACGAUGAUGAUUUCUUUGAUUGA